AUGGCUAUAGAAUCUAUUCUCUCUGUUGCCAAACAAAGCUAUAAAUUCUAUUCUUUCUGUUGCCAGCAAGGAGUUGUAGAACCUAUUCUUUCUGCUGCCAUCAAGGCUAUAAAUCUAUUCUCUCUGUUAAUCUAUUCUCUCUCUUGCCAAACAAAAGCUAUAAAUUCUAUUCUUUCUGUUGCAACCAAGGCUAUAGAACCUAUUCUUUCUGCUGCCAACCAAGGCUAUAGAAUCUAUUCUCUCUGUUGUAAACAAAAAGCUAUAAAUUCUAUUCUUUCUGUUGCCAAAGCCAAGAAUCUAUUCUCUCUGUUGCCAAACAAAGCUAGAAUCUAUUCUCUGUUGCCAAGCAAGCUAUUCUUCUUUCUGUUGCCCACCAAAGGCUAUAAACCUAUUCUUUCUGCUGCCAACCAAUAUGCUAGAAUCUAUUCUCUCUUUGCCAAACAAGCUAUAAAAUUCUAUUCUUUCUGUUUUAACCAAGGCUAUAGAACCCCAUCCUUUUCUGCUGCCACCAAUGCUAUAGAAUCUAUUCUCUCUGUUGUCAAACAAAGCUAUAAAUUCUAUUCUUUCUGCUAUACGCUGCAUAAAUUCUAUUCUUCUGUUGCCAUUCUUUCUGCCACCAAGGGCUCUCUGUUUUUAAACAAAGCUAUAAAUAUUCUUUCUGCUUGCCAGCCAAUAGCUAUUCUUUCUGCUGCCAACCAAAGGCUAUUCUCUCUAAUCUAUUCUCUCUGUUGCGAAACAAACUAUAAAUUCUAUUCUUUCUGUUUUGUCAGGAAGGCUAUAGAACCUAUUCUUUCUGCUGCCAACCAAGGCUAUAGAAUCUAUUCUCUCUGUUUGCCAAACAAAGCUAUAAAUUCUAAUCUUUCUGUUGCCAACAAGGCUAUAGAACCUAUUCUUUCUGCUGCCAACAAUGCUAUAGAAUCUAUUCUCUCUGUUAAUCUCUGUUUUUCUGCUAUAAAUUAUAUUCUCUCCUAUUCUUCUGCUGCAAACAAAGCUAUAAAUUCUAUUCUUUCUGUUGUCAAACAAGGCUAUAAAACCUAUUCUUUUCUGCUGCCAAUCAAGGCUAUAGAAUCUAUUCUUUCUGUUUUAAACCAAAUAGAAUCUAUUCUCUCUGUUAAUCUAUUCUCUCUGUUGCCAAUAGUUCCUAUUCUUUCCAGUUUGCCAAACAAGGGCCACUAUUCUUUCUGUAAUCUAUUCUCUCUGUUUACAAACAAAGGCUAUAAAAUUAUUCUUUCUGUUUGCCAACAAGGCUAUAGAACCUAUUUUUUCUGCUGCCCAAUCAAGGCUAUAGAAUCUAUUCUCUCUGUUGUCAAACAAACUAUAAAUUCUAUUCUUUCUGUUUGCCAACCAAAGGCUAUAGAACCUAUUCUUUCUGCUUUUGCCAACCAAGGCUAUAAGAUCUAUUCUCUCUGUUGCCAAACAAAGAUAAAUUCUAUUCUUUCUGUUGCCAACAAGGCUGUAGAACCUAUUCUUUCUGCUGCCAACCAAGGCUAUAGAAUCUAUUCUCUGUUGCCAAACAAAGCUAUAAAAUUCUAUUCUUUCUAUUUGACAACCAAGGCUAUAGAACCUAUUCCUUCUGCUGCCCAGCAAGGCUAUAGAAUCCUAUUCUCUCUGUUGCCCAAACAAAGCUAUAAAUUCUAUUCUUUCUCUGAACCUAUUCUUUCUGCUUUGCAAUGGAAUUCUAUUCUUUCUCUGUUGCCAGCAAAGCUGCAUUCUAUUCUCUCUGUUGCCAAACAAAGCUAUAAAUUCUAUUCUUUCUGUGUUGCCAACCAAGGCUAUAGCCUAUUCUCUCUGUUGCCAAACAAAAUGCUAAUCUAUUCUCUCUGUUUUGCCAAAACAAAGCUUUAUAAAUUCUAUUCUUUCUGUUGCCAACCAGGCUAUAGAACCUAUUCUUUCUGCUGCCAACCAAGGCAUAGAAUCUAUUCUCUCUCAUUGCCAAACAAAAUCCUAUUCUCUCUGUUGCCAAACAAAGCUAUAAAUUCUAUUCUUUCUGUGCCAACCAAAGGCUAUAGAAUCUAUUCUUUCUGCUUGCUAUAG